AUGUGGAAUAGAUACAGGUUAACCCUACUGAUAGUAGGUGUUUUAUUCCAUCUUUUUUACCUAUGGUCCAUCUUUGAUAUUUAUUUCACGUCUCCAUUAGUGCAUGGAAUGAAACAUUUCAGAAGCACUGAAAAACCUCCAGCAAAGAGACUGUUUUUAAUCGUGGGAGAUGGUCUACGUGCCGAUACAACAUUUGAUAUGAUCACUCAUCCUGUCACAGGUAAGACUGAAUUCUUAGCUCCUUAUAUCAGAUCACUGGUUUUAAACAAUGCAACAUAUGGUAUUUCUCACACGAGAAUGCCCACUGAAUCACGUCCCGGACAUGUAGCCAUGAUUGCUGGAUUUUACGAAGAUGUUAGUGCUGUCACGAAGGGUUGGAAGGAAAACCCAGUGGAUUUUGACAGUUUCUUCAAUCAAUCUAGUCACACUUAUUCGUUUGGAUCACCUGAUAUUUUACCAAUGUUUAAAGAAGGCGCUACGGAUCCACAUAAAGUGGAUGCAUGGAUGUAUGGACAUGAGUAUGAGGAUUUUACCCAGUCCUCUAUUGAGCUAGACGCAUAUGUUUUUAGACAUUUGGAUAGUCUAUUCCAUAAUUCUACUUUGGAUUCCACAUUAGAUCAUGAAAUCAGACAAGAGGGGAACGUGUUUUUCCUUCACCUGCUAGGUUGUGAUACAGCAGGUCAUUCAUAUAGACCAUACUCUGCUGAAUAUUACGACAACGUGAAGUAUAUCGAUGAACAAGUUUCCAUAUUAGUAGAUAAAGUUCACACCUUUUUUGGAGAUGACGAUACAGCAUUUAUCUUUACCGCCGACCAUGGUAUGAGUGCAUUUGGUUCUCAUGGGGAUGGCCAUCCAAAUAAUACAAGGACACCUUUAGUGGCAUGGGGUGCUGGUCUAAAUAAACCAGUUAAGAAUGAAGUACCUAUUUAUGAUAACUAUACGGAGUCGUGGAAAUUGGCUGAUAUCAAGAGAAAUGAUGUCAAACAAGCUGAUAUAACAUCGUUAAUGUCAUAUUUGAUAGGAACCAACUAUCCUGCUAACUCUGUGGGUGAAUUACCUCUAGCAUACAUUAAUGACGAGGAAAGUCAAAAAUUGGAAGCGUUGUACAAUAAUGCAAGAAGUAUCCUGGAACAAUAUUUAGUGAAAGAAAAAGAAAUUAUUGAAUCUCAAUUUAUUUAUAAAGAGUAUUCGAAAUUUACAGAAAAAUCUCACGAGGUUUACCUGGAAGAGAUUCAUGCCGUUAUUGCAAGAAUUGCCGAAGGUGAAAUUUACCUACAAAAUGAGGCAAUCACACUGACUGAGGAGCUAAUGAAAACUACCCUGGAGGGAUUGCAGUACUUAACUACUUACAAUUGGAGAUUCAUUAGAACAAUUGUCACAUUUGGGUUCAUUGGGUGGAUUGUCUAUUCUUUUAUUAUAUUUUUAAAGGUGUUCAUCAUCCAUCAAUCAAUGGAUCACUUGCAUACAUCACUUCUAAAUUACUUAUUUUUUUCAACUUCUGGGCUUUUAUUGAAUUGGAUACUGUACUACCAACGUUCACCAUUUAAUUUUUACAUGUAUCUAGCCUUUCCCCUAUUCUUUUGGAGCCAAAUUCUUACCAACAAUACAGUUUUAAAGCAAGGUAUUAAAGAGUUUUUCAAAGGUAUUUCAACAUCUAAGAGAGUAAUGAUCGGGUUACUAAUCAUUUCAAUAUACGAGGGAAUCGUAUAUGGAUUUUUCCAUCGCUGGAUCUUUACUUUAAUAUUUAAUAUUUUGGCAUUUUAUCCAAUUGUUUGCGGUCUUUCAAGCAUCUGUCUCAACUUAACAUGGAUUAUCACUAGUGCAUUUAUUUCUACUUUCACGUUAUAUGAUGCUGUUAAAAUUGAAAGCUUAACUCAAAUCAAUAUUGCUGGUGCCUUAAUCAUAUUAAGUGCUGCAUAUGGUUUAUUCAAGCUUCGCAAACAGAUCAAUGGUUACACUCUAAGCGUCUUCAUUGCUCAACUUGUACUCACAAUUGCCAUGAUAUUGACAACAAACAAAUCUGUGACUUCACUACAAUUGAGACUUGGUCUACCACGUGAUGCUCAAUAUGCUGGGUGGAUAAUAUUUGUCUUAUCAUUAGUUGCAAUGCCAUUGCUACAUUACAGAAAGCCAAAUAAUGAUUACAAGGUAAGAUUACUUGUAAUUUACUUAACUUUUGCCCCAACUUUCCUAAUUUUAACCAUUUCAUUCGAAUCGAUGUUUUAUUUCUUAUUUACAUGCUAUAUCGUUCAAUGGAUUGAGAUAGAAUCACAAAUUAAAAAUGCUGAGAAAAAGGCCAAUGAAAACUGGUUACAAUUGUUAAGAGUGUCUGUGAUUGGAUUUUUCUUACUACAAGUGGCAUUCUUUGGUACGGGUAAUGUGUCAUCAAUUUCUUCAUUUUCCUUAGAUUCGGUAUAUCGUUUACUCCCAAUCUUCGACCCUUUCCCAAUGGGUGCUCUUCUGAUGUUGAAAUUAAUGAUACCAUACCUUUUAUUAUCUACAGGGAUUGGUAUAUUAAACUUGAAAUUAAACAUUAAAAAUUAUGCGAUUUCCACUUUGAUUAUCUCUACCAGUGAUAUCCUUUCUUUGAAUUUCUUCUACUUAUUAAGGACUGAAGGUUCAUGGCUAGACAUUGGAGUCACAAUUUCAAACUACUGUCUCGCCAUUCUAUCUUCAUUAUUCAUGCUAAUUCUAGAGGUCGUUGGUCACAUAUUGCUAAAGAAUGUCACUAUAUCUGAUAGAGCUGUAGUAGAUAAGACUAAGAAAUCGAAUUAG